AUGGUUGCAACGAUAAGAUCAGGUUCAAUCAAUCUUUUAAACACUAUCAUUGGAGCAGGUAUCCUUGCCAUGCCCUUUGGACUCAAGUCUAAUGGGAUAGUGUUUGGAAGUUUCUUGAUUAUUUGGUCUGGUUUAACCUCAUCAUUUGGAUUAUACUUACAAACAAAAGUCAGUAAAUAUACUGAUCAGCAAGAUGCAGUUUCAUUCUUUAGUUUGAGUCAAUUAACAUAUCCCAGUUUAUCGGUAGUGUUUGAUGCUGCCAUUGCCAUCAAAUGUUUCGGGGUGGGAGUAAGUUAUCUUGUCAUUAUAGGAGAUUUAAUGCCUCAAAUAAUGUCAGUAUUUCAAUUUGAAGGACUUUGGAUUUCUAGAAAUUUAUGGAUUUCCGUAUUUUUCUUAGGAAUUAUACCGUUAUCUUAUUUAAGGAAACUUGACUCAUUGAAAUAUACUAGUAUUGUAGCAUUAAUAUCAGUUGUUUAUUUGAUAGUCAUUGUAUUGAUGCAUUUCUUUGAUGAUAGUCAUCAAGGAGUGGAGGUUGAUUUUUGGGGUCCUAUUUCCAUUCAAUCAACAUUAAAAUCAUUCCCAAUUCUUGUAUUUGCUUAUACUUGUCAUCAAAAUAUGUUUGCUAUUAUCAAUGAGUUGAGACCUACCGAAUCAGGAUCAAAAACUCGUCAAUCCAAUAUUAUUAUUAGAACUGCUAUUUCAAUAGCGUGUGCUUGUUAUCUUACUGUUGGUAUUGCAGGAUAUUUCACUUUCGGAAAGGCUGUCAAUGGGAACAUUAUCUCAAUGUAUCCUCAAUCUAUAUCCUCAACUAUUGGAAGAUUAUGUAUUGUGGUCAUGGUAGCCCUUUCUUAUCCUUUACAAUGUCAUCCUUGUAGAGGUUCAUUGAAUCACGUUAUCUUUUUCAUACGUGAAAAAGUCAAAAAUUAUAAACAACCUAAUACUGAAACGGAAAAUUUAAUGAACGAUGCAGAAGAGAGCUUUGAUGAAAGUUUCAUAUCGACUACUCCUAUGGAAGGAUCUCAUGAUACCGACGGACAUGAUCCUAUUGUUGUCCCUUUAACCUCUAAAGACUUUUAUAUGAUCACCACUGGUAUCUUGGUAGCUAGUUAUUUACUUGCCAUUACCGUGACAUCAUUAGAACAUGUUUUAGCAUUUGUUGGUUCAACCGGUUCAACUUCAAUUUCAUUUAUCUUACCAGGGUUAUUCGGUUACUUAUUAAUCAUUCCAAAAGAUAGAAAACCUACCACUUUAGAAUUAUUAUGUAGAUAUGGUGGGUUAGCUUUAUGUAUUUGGGGAGUUUUGGUUAUGAUUGUAUGUUUAUCAGCAACCAUCUUCCUUGGAGCUACUCAUUGA